AAACGCACCUCCACAGCGCGCCGCUCGCAGUGUGCAGCAGAGGGACCGGAGGAGGACAGGUGGAGAAGGCACUGCUCUGCUGUGUGCUGUGUCCGGCUCCCUGGCCGCCGUUUCCAGAUCACAAUGAGCCAAUACGGGUCAAACCAGGCGCUCUACAAGGGCCGGAGGGCCAGCUCGAGGAGCAACCUCGCCGGCGGGAUGGUCUACCAAUACGCGCGGAGCGAUGUGGCGCAAGGAGGCGGUAAUGGAGUCGAGCCCGUACCGGAAGGAUUCAAUAGAUCGGCGACGCUUUCGAGGGCGACGAUGUCGAAGGGCAGCAGGAUGACGAGCAACACCAUGGGGAGCGCCACGAUGGGUGGAAUGAGUGGCUACAUGCCCAACCCCACGAGAGCCGCACAGCUGCAGUCUCUCUGCAAGGAGUACCUGACGAAGGCCGAAUACGCCAUUCAGGCCGGCUCUGGUGAUGCAGAGGAAUACAUGAUGAUGGCAAAAGAUUACAUUGAGAAAUUAAAAACCUUUGCAAUGGAGAUGAAUCAAUUUGGACAACCCACUGACAGUGUAAUCAGGAGCGUGGAGUUCUACCAAGACCAGCUGAGAGGGGUCCACAUGGCCAUAUCCGGCACUGCGCUGAGGAGGAGGAGCACCAGAAAGAGCUCUGGAGGCUGGGAAGAGGCUCCAAGGAGCUACCAAGAUGCUAUUGCUUGGAUCCAUCAGCAAAUGCGUUUGAUUGAAACAACUACUUUGGCCGACGACCCUCAAUCCAUUGAGCAGCAGCUCAUUCACCACCAGAGGUUUCACGCGUCCAUGCAGGGGUCGCCCGAGAUGAUCAGAGCCCGAGAAGACCUGCUAAAGAGACAAGACAAAUGCAACCAACAUGCCCUUGAGCAGGAGUGGGAGAAUUUACAGAAAAUGUCAAAUUUGCGGAAUGGGCAGCUGCAAGAGCUGAUCCAAAUACUUCAGCAGAUAACCAAUGAGAUCAUGUGGGUGAACAGUAAAGAGGAAGAGGAGCUGAUGUUUGACUGGGGAGACAAAAAUGUAGAACAGUACAUCCCCAAGAAGCAGGAGAGCUACUCGAAACUGAUGAGUGCCUUGGAGGCGAAAGACAAGGAGCUGCAUAAACUUAAGGCUAAAGUGAAAACGCUUCUGAACAACAACCACCCAGGAUCUGACAAGAUAGAGGCUUACAUGGACACUUUGCAGACUCAGUGGAGCUGGCUUCUUCAAAUAACAAAAUGCAUUGAUACCCAUCUGAAGGAGAAUGCAGCAUACAGCCAGUUCUUCAGAGAGGCUAAUGACACGUACAAAAAUUUGCAAAAGGAACAUGAGACAAUCCGAAAGAUCUUCACUUGUGACAAGAACACCCCGCUGGAAGACCUUCAGGAGCUCCUUAAAGGCCUGGAGAGGGAGAGGGACAACAUCAUGGAGAACAAGCGGCAGGUGAAACACUUGACUGCCAAAUCAAAAAGUAUUGUGAGGUUGAAACCCCGAAACCCAGAGGAGAAGAACAGCAGUGGCAUCAUCGUUAAGGCUCUGACUGACUUCAGAGAAGACCAGAAAACUAUCCUUAAAGACAACGAGGCCAUUCUGAAAGACAACAGUCAGCGCAGUAAAUGGCUGGUAACCGGUCCAGGAGGGAUCGACAUGUUGAUUCCCUCCGUGUGCCUGAUUGUACCACCGCCUAAUCCACUGAGCAUCAGCCUAGCCAACAAGAACGAGCAGUAUUUCGAUUCCAUCAUGUCCAUCUGGAAUCAGCUGUACAUCAACGUCAAGAGUCUCAUCUCCUGGCACUACUGUCUCAGAGAAAUCAAUUACGUCAACUCCCUCACCAUCUCUAUGUUGUCCGAGAUGCGUCCUGAGGAGUACCGUCAAAUCAUGAAGAAGCUGGAGACCUUCUAUGAGGAGUUCAGAAUUAGCAGCCAUGGCUCAGAGAUGUUUGUUGAUGAAGACAAGAAGAGCAUUGAGGAUCAGGUUACUGUGGCUCAGGCCCACUAUGACAAGCUAGUGGUACAGCUGCCCACGUACACUGGACAUCAGGAACAAAUAGAAGUACAGCAAAUACCUGAGCAACAAGUUCAGGUUGCUCAGCCACAGCUGUUCAUAAUACAACAACAACCCCAACAACAUCAACUACUACUACUUCAGCAACAGGAACAGCAGCGACAGCAACAAGUACUUCUGCUACAACAGCAGCAAGAAAAACAACAGCAACUACUUCUACUACAGCAGCAACAGGAGCAAGAAAAGCAGCAACAACUACUACUACUACAAAAACAGGAGCAAGAAAGGCAGCAACAACUACUGCUACUACAAAAACAGGAGCAAGAAAGGCAGCAACAACUACUGCUACAAAAACAGGAGCAGGAAAGGCAGCAACAACUACUGCUACAAAAACAGGAGCAGGAAAGACAGCAACAACUACUGCUACAAAGACAACAGCAACAAGCCGCAGCAGAGGAGGAGGCCAGAAGGCUGGAGGAAGAAAGACGUCAAGCAGAGCUUAAAAGGCAGGCAAAGAAAGAAGCGGCAGAGAAGGAGCAAGUGAUCAAGAAGGAAGUGGUGAAAGUAACAAAAACGGAGCAAAGGAGAAAAGUUUCCUCCUCCUCCUCCUCUUCUGCGCUCUUCUCGGCAUCUCGUCUUUUAUCUGAGCUGCAUGGCCUCAGACUGAGGAUGGACACUGCUGAGGGCUCACUCAGUCAGUUUGUUCAUAUUUGCUUUGGAGAUGACGGGGCUAAAGACUGUGGUGCGAAGAUCACUCAGCUCGAGUCAAUACAGGACGAUGUUUCCUCAAUGCGUGAAGAGUAUACACAUUUAAGAGAGCGCAUCUUGAAGGAGAUGGAAACCACUAACGAUUUAGAUAAAGCACAGUUCCUCCGCAAUGAGAUCGCAGUGAUGAGCCAGAAACUGGGCAAUCUGGAGAGCAGCUCAUCUGCUUAUGUACUAAGGUUGCAGGCUCUAAGGGUCAUGCUGGAGAGCGUAGCACGAGCUGAGGACAUUGUCAAAGUUCAUGAAGCAAGACUGACAGAAAAAGAGACCACUUCUCUAUCUCCAGCUGAAGUCGGUGCAUACAUAGAGGCCCUGAAGAAUAUGAAAGCAGAGCUGAUGCAGAAACAAGAUGUUCUGACCUCUAUGGAGUCAGAGCUGUCUAAGGCGAGCCACUGGAACAGUCAGCUGGGCGGCUCCUUCCACAGGUGUGACCUGAUGCUGUCAAAGUUCACCGAGCAGGUGGGCUUGCUCUCUGACCGCUGGAGACGAAUCCAGAAACAGAUUGACAUCAGGCUGCAGGAUUUGCAGCUGUAUCUGCCUCAAUUACAGCACUACCAGCAAGUCUACACUUCUUUCACUGAGUGGAUAGAGGCCACGCGUAAAAAACAGGACGCACUACAGGCAACCAAGCUAGAGAACGUUCAAGCAGUAAAAGACCACAUUACCAACCAAAAGGUCCUGAACACAGAAAUUAAGGCAAAGCGUGAGACACUAGACAGUGUACUGCAAAACAUAAACACAUGUGUGAAUACUAUCAAGGACUAUGAAACAGACCUCGCCUCUUACACCUCUGGGUUGGAAACAUUGCUCAAUGUCCCCAUCAAGAGGACAAUGCUUCAGUCACCAUUGAUGGAUCUUAACAAAGAGGCAAUAUAUCUUCAAACUCGUUACACGGAGCUGCUUAUUCUGUCUGGUGACUACUACAAAUUCCUGGGACAGUUGGAAAAAAACAUGGAGGAGCUUAAGAUGCGAAACACCCAGAUAAAUAUGCUUGGAGAUCAACUUAGCUCUCUGAGAGAAGAAAUGGAAGCACGCAAUGCCAAAAACAAAUCAUUGGAAGAUGCUGUUGCUCAAUUCAAGCUGCAGCUGUCUCAAUCACAAGAGCAGUUGCUGUCAGUGGAAGAGAUAAAGCAAAAAACUGUGAUGCAGUGCAGUGCCACCAAGGACAGCUUAGAUUCCACUCAGGACGAGCUGGCUAAGCUCAAAAGUGAGGUUCAACGCCUCGAGUACAAACUUGAUGACGAGAGAAGGAAGGCAAAGCUGGCUGAGGAGGGCUACAACAGGCAGAAAAACGAGUGGGAGUCUGUACUGAAUCAGAGGCAGAAAGAGCUGGACACGGUCUGCAGGUCCAAGAAGGAUGUGGAAAACAGUUUAGCAAAUAAAGAGCAUGAGAUUCAGCAGCUGCUCCAGAAGCUGGCUAAUGAAUCAACAAGGUUGAUGGAUCUUCAAAAAGAGAUGUCAAAGGUAAGGAGCAAUUUCAGUAUGGAGAUCAACAGCUUAAAGCUCAGCUAUGAAUCCCAGAUCCAAAUUAGUCGCACAGACAUCCAGAGGCUUUCUGCCCAGAGGGAUGAGAAUACAGCUGAACUACAGAUGCAAUAUGAAAGAAUGGAGACUGAGAGGAGAAAUCUGGAAGAUGAACUCAGGAGGCUUAGAACUUUUAUCAGUGAGACUGAAGAGCAGAAGAAGAAGGCAGAGGAGGAAUCGUGUAAUCAGCGUGCUAUGCUGAUAGAGGACGGGCACAGGAGGAGAGAGUUAGAAAGUCAAAUGGAGUUGCUAAUGAGGCAGAGAGAUGAAGAAAGGAACCAAUAUAGAGAGGAGUUGGCUGAAAUCAUAAAGACCCUAGAGGAGAAGAAUGGCCAACUGGUUUAUGUUACUCACAGUUUGGAAGAGGAGACUCGUAGGAGGAAGACAUCAGAGGAGGCACAGGUGGUUCUUGAGCAGUCUUUAGCUCAGCUACAAAUGGAGUUGAACAGUUCUUCAGAGGCUGCAACGCAACUGAGGGAGUGCGAGGAGCAGCUUCUUCAGACACGCUUCCAACUGGAAAGAGAGAAAAAGGAGCGAUGUAGGAUGGAGCAAAAUAUGAGCAGGUUGCAGGGACGCAUCAAAGACCUGCAGGGCGUGAGAGAUAGCCUUGAAAGUCAGGUGGAGAAUCUGAGGAAACCAUAUCAAGAAGAGUUAGGCAAGAGAAGGCAGGUAGAAGCAGAAUUAGAAAAGACCACUCUGACUAUGACUGAGUACACAAACACCAUCACUGUACUGCGCCAGAGCCAAGAACAGGCCAGCAUAGCAGAAAGUAGAGGUGAAAAGGAGUGCAUUCAGCUAAAAGAAAAGCUUGAGAAAACCUUGAGACUAAACCAGAGCUUCUUAGACCAAAAUACUCAGCUAGGUGCUGAGCUGAAAACCAUACAGCAGCAACUUCUGCAGGAACAGUCCCGGGCGAAGGAGGCAAACAUGACAAACGAGAGUCUUUACAAAACUAUUGAGGAGAAGAAUAAGGCUCUCAGUGAGAACUCGUCUGAGCUAAAAAGACUUAAAGAGUUGAUAGAAACACAGACCAAAGAAGAGUUGAGGAUGAAAAAGGAGCUGAGGGCAGUGCGACAGGAUAAAGAAGAACUCUUGAAAUCCAAAAAGGGGAUUGACGAUGAACUCUCUUCACAAAUUACUGCCUUGGAACUACAGCUGCAAGCCAGUGAGUGCAGCAAUGCCGAACACCGCAACCUGGUGUCAGAACUGUCCUCUGAACGUGAGAAACUGAAGCUGGAGGCUGAGAAAAUUCAAAAGCAGGUCGCAGAGACACACACAUCAUUACAGUCCCUUCAGUCCAAGUACAGUGAGAUUGUAAGUGAAAAAGAUUCUUUGUCGCUGAAAUUGCAACGGUUUGAAUUUGACAAAGAGCAAAUGCUAAGACUACAGGAAGAACUGAACCACAUGAAACAUUCCCACGAGUUAGAGCUUCGCAACAAGCAACGUCUACAAGAGGACAUUGAGAGGGGGAAGAGAGAUUUGAAUUUUUGGAAGGAUCAAUGUGAUAGCAAACAAAGUUUGAUAAGGCAGUAUGACACUGACAAGGAUAUUCUUGAGAAGGAUAAGAAAUCCUUAAAAAGUGAGAUAGAGAGGUUGAUGAAAGAACACAGGGAACUUGAGGAGAAAUAUAAGAGUAGACUAUCAGUCCUCCAAAAACAACUGCAUGAUGGGACAAUUGUUAGACAGACCAUGGAGACUGAGCUAAAGCAGACUAGAGAGCCUCCAACCCCAGAUGCCUCCUCUGUGGUUUUUGAUGGAGUCCGCAAGCCAGUCACUGCAAAGCAAUUACUUGACUCUGGAGUUUUAGACAAACCAACAUAUAACCACCUUCUGAAGGGACAUAAGACAGUUCCAGAAGUGUCUGCUGAGAAAAAAGUCCUUCUUAAAGGCACAGGGCCAAUAGCUGGGGUGAUAAUUGAAAGUCCAAAAGGUCCAGGGUUUAGCAUUAAGCCACUUUUCAAACUGACAUUUACUGAAGCCAAGAAAGAAAAUCUUCUUCCACCAGAUAGCAUCGACUUACUUCUCGAUGCACAAGCUGCUACAGGGCACAUCAUUGACCCAAGAACCAAUCAGAAGUUAACAGUGACAGAAGCAUAUAAUCAAGGAGUUAUUGAUGAUGAGGACAAAGAGAGGUUACUUGCAGCAGAAGCGGCAGCUGUUGGAUACGCUGAGCCUGGCAAAAACAAACCACUGUCAGUGUUUCAGGCAAUGAAACAGGGAGUUAUUGACAAAAAUACAGCUCUGCGUCUGUUACAAGCCCAGGAGUCUGUUGGGGGGAUUUUGGAUCCUAUACUUAGUGUGUUCCUCCCUAGAGACAUUGCCACUGAGCGUAACCUCAUUGAUGAAAGCAUGUGUAAUGCUCUGAAUCAGAGGCCAGAGCUCUAUCUAGACCCAGAAACUGAAGAAGGUGUGACCUAUAUGGCAAUGAAAAGAAGAUGUAAAAUAGAGCCACAUACAGGUCUUUGUCUUCUCCCUAUUCCUGAGAAAGUGGAUCCUUCUAACCUUGUAUUUGAUGGCGUUCGGAAACCUGUUACUGCCAAGAAUCUGUUUGAUUGUCAGGUUCUUGACAAGCCAACAUAUAAAGCUCUUAAAAAUGGAAAGAAAACAAUAUCUGAGGUUUCUGAAGACAAAACUGUUAAUUUAAAGGGCACUGGGCCAAUAGCAGGUGUUAUAGUAAGCGGUCAGCGUAAAAUGUCCCUAACUGAAGCAAAAAAACAAAUGCUACUGUCCGAUGAAUGCGCAGAUUUGCUACUUGAUGCACAGGCUGCUACUGGUCACAUAAUUGACCCAAAGGCCAACAAAAAGUUGACUGUUGAAGAGGCUUAUUCAAAGGGAGUAGUGGACAUAAAUGACCUGGACAGAUUAUUGGCAUCAGAAGCUGCAGCAACUGGUUAUAAGGAUCCUAAUAAAUCCAAACCCAUUUCAGUUUUUCAGCUCAUGAAAAACGGACUUAUAGAUGAAAAGACUGCAAUACGAUUUCUGCAGGCUCAAGAGUCAGUUGGAGGAAUCCUUGAUCCUAAUUUUAGUGUAUUCCUACCAAGAGACACAGCUAUUAAACACAAUCUUUUAGAUAAAAAUCUCUGUAAAGCUCUAAACCAGAAGCCUGAAUAUUAUGUUGACCCUGAAACAGAGCAACAUGUCAGCUAUCAAGCACUGAAAGAAGGUUGCAAGAUAGAACCACAUACAGGUUUGUUACUUUUACCUAUCCCUGAAAAGUUAGAUCCUUCAAAAUUGAUCUUUGAUGGUGUAAGAAAGCCUGUAACAGCAAAGCAGUUGUUUGAUUGUGGGGUACUGGACAAACCAACUUUGAACGAACUAAUGAAGGGAGACAAAACUGUUCCAGAAGUAUCUGUGGAUAAAAAGAUACCCCUAAAAGGAACAGGAUCCAUUGCUGGUGUCACAAUAGGGUCUUUAGGAAAAAUGAAUGUUUCAGAGGCAAAGAAACAGAUGCUCAUGCCGCCAGAGAGUGCAGAUUUGAUUCUGGAAGCCCAGGCAGCCACAGGUCACAUCAUUGACCCAAUGACAAAUCAGAAAUUGACAGUCGAAGAGGCUUGUGCACGGGGAGUAGUUGACAGAUGUGAUCAAGACAAACUCUUAGCAGCAGAAGCUGCAGCUGUCGGAUUCAAGGAUCCUCACACUGGAGAAUCUCUAUCAGUGUUUGAGGCGAUGAAGAAGGCAUUAAUCGACAAAAAGACAGGAGUGCGUUUGUUGCAGGCCCAGGAAUCUGCAGGGGGUAUUCUUGAUCCAAAUCUCAGUGUUUUCCUGAAAGAUCCCUCCAAACUGAUGUUUGAUGGCGUUCGUAAACCAGUCUCAGCUCGAGAAUUGUUGGAAUGUGGUGUUCUUGACAAACCAACAUUUAACAAGGUGAUCAAGGGGGAGAAAACUGUCCCACAAGUUUCUGAAGAUAAAAAGAUAUUUCUAAAAGGAACAGGAUCCAUUGCUGGUGUCAAAGUUGGAUCUUCAGAAAAAAUGUCCAUUUCAGAGGCAAAGAAACAGAUGCUCAUGCCCCCAGAGAGUGCAGAUUUGCUUCUGGAAGCCCAGGCUGCCACAGGUCACAUCAUUGAUCCAAAGACCAAUCAGAAAUUGACAGUAGAAGAGGCUUGUGCAAGGGGAGUGGUGGACAGAUGUGAUCAAGACAAACUCUUAGCAGCAGAAGCUGCAGCUGUCGGAUUCAAGGAUCCUCACACUGGAAAAUCUCUAUCAGUGUUUGAGGCGAUGAAGAAGGCAUUAAUUGACAAAAAAACAGGAGUGCGUUUGUUGCAGGCCCAGGAAUCUGCAGGGGGUAUUCUUGAUCCAAAUCUCAGUGUUUUCCUGGGACUUCGAAACGAGGUGUCUGUUAUAGAGCUGGUAGAAGCAAAGUUGUUAAGCAAAUCAGAUGCGGAUCAGCUGAACGCAGGCAAACUUACAACCCAAGACAUUGAGGAUCGCCUUAGGCCAUACUUGGGAGGUUCCACUUGCAUAGCAGGAGUUUAUGAUGAAGCCAGUAAUAAAGUCCUAUCAAUCUAUCAAGCUAUGAAAAAUGGACUUCUGCGACCUGGCACCACUCUAGAACUACUUGAAGCCCAAGCUGCAUCAGGUUUUAUGAUUGAUCCUAUCAAUAAUCUCUUUCUGACUGUUGCUGAAGCCUACAAUAAAAGGCUUUUUGGGCCAGAGUUUAAGGAAAAACUGCUUUCAGCAGAAAAAGCUGUUACCGGUUACAAAAUGCCUGUAACAGGUGAGAUAAUCUCCCUCUUUCAGGCCAUAGAAAAUUCUCUAGUGGAGAAGGGUCAUGGCAUUCGUCUGCUGGAGGCCCAGAUUGCCAGUGGAGGUAUCAUUGAUCCCCAACACAGCCACCGUAUUGAUGUGAAUAUUGCAUAUAGUAGAGGCUAUUUUAAUGAAGAAAUGAAUAAGAUCCUGACUGACGAAAGUGAUGACACUAAAGGUUUCUUUGACCCCAACACAGAGGAAAACCUGACCUAUCUGGAACUUAAAAAACGUUGUAUCUCAGAUGAGAAAACUGGGCUUAUUCUGUUGCCAAUCAUAGACAAAAAGAAGCAGGAGUCAAGCAAAAAGAACACAGUAAGAAAGAGGAGAGUGAUUAUUGUGGAUCCAGAGACUGGUAAAGAGAUGACAAUACGUGAAGCAUACGACAAAAAGUAUAUUGACUAUAACACCUACCUGGAGCUGUUAGAGCAGGAAUGCUACACACAAAUCAUCAUCAUCUUCAUCAUCAUCAUCAUCAUCAUCAUCUGUAUCAUCAUCAAACUUAAUCCCAGAACCAUCAGGAAGAUUAUCAGUUACAUCUUCAUCAUCAUCAAUGCUAUCCACUUCAGGAACUUCAGCUUCUUUAAGCUCAUCUUCAGUAACAUCAUCAACCUCAAAAACAUCAGUAGUCCCUGUUCCAUCGAUUACAUCAUCUUCAUCAUCCUCUUCUUCAUCAAUGCUAUCCACUUCAGGAACUUCAGGUUCUUUAAGCUCAUCUUCAGUAACAUCAUCAACCUCAAAAACAUCAGUAGUCCCUGUUCCAUCGAUUACAUCAUCUUCCUCAUCCUCUUCUUCAUCAAUGCUAUCCACUUCAGGAACUUCAGGUUCUUUAAGCUCAUCUUCAGUAACAUCAUCAACCUCAAAAAAAUCAGUAGUCCCUGUUCCAUCGAUUACAUCAUCUUCCUCAUCUUCUUCUUCAUCAACUGUUGUAUCGAGGGCGUUAUCUCCUACAGUCACCAAAACAACUACGACAAAAACUACCACAAUCAUAGAGAAACGCUCACCAUCCAGCGUUGUCGCUGA